CCAAGAAUGGGGUUGUACGCAGCCAACGGUUCCCGCAUCGCGACUUACGGCACCGAAAUUUGCAGGCCAACUUUCGAUCUACGCAGGAAUUUCCCAUGGCGGUUCAUACUGGCUGAUGUAACGACCCCAAUACUAGGUGCGAAUUUUCUGAAACACUAUGGCCUGAUAGUGGACUUGCGGGGUGAGUGCCUAAUAGAUAAAAUGACAAAUAUAAAAGCACGCGGUCAAAUCAAUUUGAUCGCAGAAGGGCUAUUUGGCUUGAAUGCUUUUUCCGGCAGCAACGACUAUGGCGGCUUAUUAAGCGAAUACUCUGACGUCACUAGACCUCGCCUUCCAAAUCAAGAGGUUAAACACAACGUUAAGCACACUAUCAAGGUCGAAGGCCCUCCAUGUAAUUCUAAAUUCCGCAGACUUCCACCGCAUAAGCUCGAAGCGCUUCGUAAGGAGUUAAAGUUGUUCUUAGAGCUCGGAUACAUAAAACCUUCGAAAAGUCCGUAUUCAAGUCCAGUGCAUCUAGCUACUAAGACACUGCAGAACGGUGACAUCAAGUACAGACUCGUUUCUGCAGUUGCAGAAUACCCUAAGCCGGAUACGGUGCAAAAGCUAAGGCGCUUCCUAGCCUUAGUAAAUUACCAUCGGCGAUUUCUUCCACACGCCGCUGAAGCUCAAUUACCCUUGCGCAAGCUAAUAACCGAUAAAACACCGAUCAUAUGGAACUCCGAAGCUGAUGCUGCCUUCCAAGAAUGUAAACGGUCUCUGACAGAGGCCACAGCGCUCGAUUACUAUGACCCGAAUGCUCAGCUGUCACUGAUGGUUGAGCCGGAGCCGUGUUGCAGCAACGAUCGCAAGACACCUUGAAGCCGUUAGGUUAUUUUUCUGUUAAAUUUAGUGACCGUGAACGACGAUACUCAACCUACGAUAGGGAGCUGCUUGCAGUUUAUCUCGGCGUUAAACACUUCAAAGACGUAAUUGAAGGGCGCGAUACGAUAAUCUUCACGGAUCAUAAACCACUAACGUUCGCAUUUAAACAAGAUGCAAACAAACCAUCGCCAAGGCAGCAGCGGUUGCUGAGUUUUAUUAGUGAAUAUACGACGGACUUGGUUCAUGUCGCCGGCGCUGAAAAUGUCCCUGCAGACGUCCUCUCAAGAAUAGAAGCAAUUUGCUUACCGUCUACAAUCGACCACAGUGAUUUUGUUAAGAAACAGGAAAACCCCUUCAGUAGAUGGCCGGAGGCAGUUGGCUAUCCCCGAUAUGACUGCAGAAACCGUCGCCAGAGUUUUCAUCGAGGUGUGGGUGUCGAGAUUCGGAACCCCAACGAAGCUGACGUCGGAUCAAGGUCGACAGUUCGAGUUGCACCUAAUGAAAGAGUUGUGCGUCUUAUUGGGAUUAGAACGAGUUCACACCACGCCAUACCAUCCACAAGCCAACGGGAUGAUUGAGUAGUAAGCAGUAAGACAUUUACCAUUAUAUUAAGGACAAAACAGUGUCAGUAUCGAUCGAUAGAGUUAAACCAGCCUACAUUAACAAGGAUUCAGAUUCCUCAUCUGAUCGGAUAACCAAAAGCGGGCAUCACGUGCGUUUUCGGAUUCAGUAGGAAUUUUUCUAGGAAGGGGGAGUUAUUGUGGUGCGCUAUACUUUACAGUCACGCUGGCAACACUGUAUUCAACGACCCACCUAGAUGUAAAAAAUGAGAACCAUUAUUGACUUGCUCUAACAAGUUCAGUUUCCAUUUUGUAUUUGCGUUGUUAACUCAUGAAUAAAAUCCACUUCAGUAUUUCAACCAUUAAUUCUUCGACGUUUAAUUUCGUAUAUCUUACAUUCAAUGGAAUGGAAAUAGAUUGGAAAAAGAUUUUUAUCAUGAAGAAUAUAAUGAAGA